AUGGAAGCGAGGCUCUCCGGGGUGCUGGCGCGCUUCUACUUCAAGACUAGAGGGCGCAGCCAGGAGCCAACAGCAGAAUCGAGAGACGUGGACUUUGAACAGCCGGGGCAGCCGGAGAGGCUGAUCAUGCCCACAGCCGGCAAAAGCGGCAAAGCCACGAAGGGCCCGAAAGGGGCCGCCGGCACGGCGGAGGAGACGGCGACCGUUGCUGUGGUCGUGGAGUCCUGCGAGGACACGGAAAGUCUGGAGCUCAAGGAGGCCCUCGACGCCCUCGACGAGCUGGGCAUUGACUUCGUGGAGGAUGAUGAGCAGUCGGAGCAGUCUGAGAGACUUCGUGAAGCGCUUGCUGCCGCUGGCAUUGAAGUCUUGGAGGACGACGACCAGUCAGCCGGCAUCGAGUUCAAGGACUCGGAGUUGGCUAUCGAGGAUGCCCUUGCAGCGGCCGGCAUUGAUUUCGAGGAGGAUGAAGACCUGGUUGUGGCCCGCGAGCGUGAGCCUGCUCGGGAAGAUCUGAAGCAGGAAGAGGAUGAUGAGAUCUUGCUGGUCUGA